UUAUCUUGAUCUAGUGGAAUUUUUGGUAGAAACACCACCGCCUCUUCCACAAUAGAGCUACGACACGCUCUCUUUUUUUUCGCUGUUUGUUCUGUUCUCUCUCUAUUAGAGCGGCUAUAGUCAGAUUUCCUUAGGUAAUCUGUCGGCGAUUGCUUUUUUUUAUCUUAUCGUCUCUCUUAUACACCCUCUUUUUCCGAGCCCGCCCCGCUCCAAAUCUUACGGACGAGUCAUCGCUCAACGUGCGAUUCCUUACAAUCUCUACGCUUGUAAUCGGGCGUCGGACGAACACCUGGAGUUCUUAGGUCUAUUCACAGCAUGAACUAAAAGGAGAUAUUAAUUGCUUCCACGUUGAAUCGCCUGUUGCAGCCCCACUUGGUUACAAAUUCAAUUCCUUAAAACUUCAGCAAUGACCGAACCGACCAAGAUAGAGAUCUUGGGGCGUGAGAGUAUAGUCGCUGAUUUCGGGCUCUGGCGCAACUAUGUCGCAAAGGACCUGAUUAGUGGCUGCCCCUCCACAACUUACGUCCUCAUCACCGAUACGAAUAUUGGAUCGAUUUAUACCCCCGGAUUCCAAAAAUCAUUUGAAGAUGCCACUGCCACAGUUUCACCUGCGCCACGGCUGUUAGUGUACAAUGUCCCUCCGGGAGAGGUCUCCAAAUCCCGGCAGACUAAGGCAGAUAUUGAAGAUUGGAUGUUGAGCCAAAGCCCCCCGUGUGGCCGCGAUACCGUAGUCAUUGCGCUGGGCGGAGGUGUCAUUGGAGAUCUGACUGGAUUUGUGGCUUCCACCUAUAUGCGUGGUGUUCAAUAUGUCCAGGUUCCGACGACCCUUUUGGCCAUGGUGGAUUCGUCAAUUGGAGGAAAGACUGCAAUUGAUACUCCACUAGGAAAGAAUUUAAUCGGUUCCAUCUGGCAACCGACAAGGAUCUACAUUGACCUGGAAUUCUUGGAAACGCUUCCCGCCAGAGAGUUCAUCAACGGCAUGGCUGAGGUCAUCAAAACGGCUGCCAUUUCUAGUGAAGAAGAGUUCACUGCGCUGGAGGACAACGCUGAGGCGAUUUUGACUGCUGUCCGACGUGAAACAAAGCAGGGACAGCGUCGAUUUGAAGGGAUUGCGGAUAUCUUGAAAGCAAGAAUCCUCGCAUCUGCGCGUCACAAGGCCUUUGUUGUCUCCGCAGAUGAGCGAGAGGGGGGUCUCCGGAAUCUUCUGAACUGGGGCCACUCCAUUGGCCAUGCUAUCGAAGCAAUUCUCACUCCUCAGGUUCUUCACGGAGAGUGUGUUGCUAUCGGUAUGGUAAAAGAAGCAGAGCUCGCCCGGCAUCUCGGCAUUCUCAAGGGUGUUGCAGUAGCACGUGUUGUCAAGUGCAUUGCCGCUUACGGGUUGCCCACGUCGUUGAAAGAUUCGCGCAUUAGGAAACUCACUGCUGGAAAGCAUUGCUCCGUCGAUCAGCUGCUUUUCAACAUGGCUCUUGACAAGAAGAACGAUGGUCCGAAGAAAAAGAUCGUUCUUUUGUCGGCUAUUGGACGCACUUACGAGCCGAAGGCUAGCGUGGUCCCCAAUGAGGACAUCGGUGUUGUUCUUGCUCCCAGCAUCGAAGUACACCCUGGAGUACAGCCAGCGUCUAAUGUUGUUUGCCUCCCUCCCGGCUCAAAGAGUAUCUCUAACCGAGCUCUUGUCCUUGCUGCGCUGGGUUCAGGAACUUGCCGUAUCAAGAACCUACUACAUUCGGACGACACUGAAGUUAUGCUGAAUGCUUUGGAAAGACUCGGCGCCGCCACUUUCUCCUGGGAAGAGGAGGGUGAAGUGCUUGUAGUAAAUGGCAAAGGUGGAAACAUCCAGGCCAGCCCUUCUCCACUUUACCUCGGCAACGCAGGCACUGCCUCAAGGUUCCUCACCACUGUUGCAACCCUUGCGACUGCCAGCAGCGUAGACUCAAGCGUUCUCACCGGAAACAACCGCAUGAAGCAACGGCCCAUUGCCGACCUAGUAGAUGCUCUGGCAACCAAUGGAGCAUCAGUCGAAUAUAUGGAACGUAAAGGCAGUCUUCCUCUCAAGAUAGCUGCCUCUGGCGGAUUUGCAGGGGGAAGAAUUAAUCUUGCUGCUAAAGUGUCGUCUCAAUACGUGUCGUCCUUGCUAAUGUGUGCUCCGUAUGCUAAGGAGCCUGUCACAUUAAAGCUGGUGGGUGGUAAGCCAAUCUCUCAGCCAUACAUUGAUAUGACCACGGCAAUGAUGAGAUCCUUUGGCAUCGAUGUCCAAAAGUCCACCGCUGAGGAGCACACCUACCACAUUCCUCAAGGUCGUUACAUUAACCCUGCCGAGUACGUUAUCGAAAGCGAUGCCAGCUCUGCAACCUAUCCUCUGGCAAUUGCAGCCAUUACUGGAACGACAUGUACCGUUCCUAAUAUUGGGGCCAAAUCGCUUCAAGGUGAUGCCCGUUUUGCUGUCGAAGUCUUGGAGCCGAUGGGUUGUACUGUCAAGCAGACUGACACUUCGACCACUGUCAUCGGACCGGCCGACGGUGUCCUGCGUCCGCUGCCAAAUGUGGAUAUGGAACCUAUGACAGACGCGUUCCUUACAGCGUCUGUACUCGCUGCUGUUGCCCGUGGAAAUGGCGAUAACCAUACCACUCGCAUCUAUGGAAUUGCAAACCAACGUGUAAAAGAAUGCAAUCGCAUUAAGGCCAUGAAGGACGAACUCGCCAAAUUUGGUGUCGUCUGUCGGGAGCACGAUGAUGGUCUUGAGAUCGAUGGUGUUGACCGUACAGCACUUCGGCAGCCGGCUGGGGGCAUUUUCUGCUAUGACGAUCACCGUGUUGCCUUCAGCUUCAGUGUACUCUCUCUCGUGACCCCUCAGUCGACCCUCAUCUUAGAAAAGGAAUGUGUCGGCAAAACAUGGCCGGGCUGGUGGGACACUCUGAGGCAAAAGUUUUCAGUCAAGCUCGAGGGUAAAGAAUUGAAAGAAGAGGAAUCUUCACCUACUUCUCGUGCCGGCAAGGCCAGUGCUUCGGUCUUCGUGAUUGGAAUGCGUGGCGCUGGAAAAACUACCACUGGACGCUGGGUUGCUAAGACCAUGAACCGGCCAUUCGUCGACCUUGAUACUGAAUUGGAAAAAAUUGAAGGCCAAACGAUUCCGGACAUUAUCAAGCAACGCGGCUGGCAAGGCUUCCGGGAUGCCGAGCUUAGUCUCUUGCAACGCACUCUAAAGGAACGUCCAACUGGCUAUGUCUUCGCUUGUGGUGGAGGUAUAGUUGAGAUUCCGGAGGCCAGGAAGUUGCUCGCCGAUUAUCAUAAAAACAAGGGUAACGUCAUGCUUAUUAUGCGUGAUAUCAGGCAAGUGAUGGAUUUCCUCUCCAUUGACAAGACCCGCCCGGCUUACGUGGAGGAUAUGAUGGGCGUAUGGUUGCGCAGGAAGCCAUGGUUUCAAGAGUGCAGCAACAUCCAGUACUACAGCCAACACGCCAGUGCGGGUAAGCUCACUAAGGCAUCGGAGGAUUUCACUCGUUUCUUGAAGGUUGUCACCGGCGAGGUAGACAACCUUAGCAUUAUCAAGCGAAAGAAGCAUUCCUUCUUCGUAUCCUUGACUUUGCCCGACUUGCGAACCGCCAGCGAUAUUCUAGAAAAGGCAUGCGUGGGGUCCGACGCCGUGGAACUCCGUGUCGAUCUAUUAAAGGACCCGGCAUCGGAUAGCGACAUCCCAUCGGCCGACUAUGUAGCGGAGCAGCUGUCUUACUUACGCAGUUGCGUUUCCCUUCCAUUGAUAUUUACCAUCCGGACUAAGAGUCAAGGUGGUCGUUUCCCCGAUGAUGCUCACGAUGCUGCAAUGGAGCUGUACCGCCUCGCAAUCAGGUCCGGAAGUGAAUUUGUGGAUCUCGAAAUCGCUUUCCCUGACGAAAUUCUCCGCACCGUCACGGAGAUGAAGGGUCACUCGAAGAUCAUCGCAUCACACCACGAUCCCAAGGGCGAACUGUCAUGGGCGAAUAUGUCUUGGAUGAAGUACUACAACAGAGCUCUUGAGUACGGCGACGUCAUCAAGCUUGUAGGCGUCGCAAAGAGUCUUGAUGAUAAUACGGCGCUCAGGAAGUUCAAGUGUUGGGCAGAGGAAGCUCACGAAACUCCGUUGAUCGCGAUUAACAUGGGGGACAACGGACAGCUCAGCCGUAUUCUCAAUGGUUUCAUGACCCCUGUGUCACACCCUAGCCUGCCUUUCAAGGCUGCUCCUGGCCAACUCUCUGCGACUGAGAUCCGCAAAGGGCUGUCCUUGAUGGGAGAGAUCAAGCCAAAGAAGUUUGCAAUCUUUGGUACUCCCAUCUCAGCCUCUCGCUCCCCGGACCUCCAUAAUACCCUCUUCUCCCAGUCAGGCCUUCCUCACGAGUAUGGCCGCUUUGAGACGGCAAACGUCGAAGAUGUAAAGGACUUCAUUCGAUCUCACGACUUUGGCGGUGCUUCCGUAACAAUUCCUUUGAAGCUGGACAUCAUGCCUUUGCUGGAUGAGGUCGCACCCGAAGCCGAAAUCAUUGGCGCUGUGAACACUAUCAUUCCCGUCUCCGAGAAAGGCAAACCGGUGCGCUUAAUCGGAUACAACACCGAUUGGCAGGGAAUGACCCUGUCCCUCCGUAACGCCGGUGUCCAGACUACCAAUCAAGAUGCCAGUGCUCUCGUUAUUGGAGGCGGUGGUACGGCUCGCGCCGCUAUUUACGCUCUCCACAGCAUGGGAUUCUCUCCCAUCUAUGUUAUUGGACGAUCGCCCGCUAAGCUCCAGGGCAUGGUCUCGACCUUCCCUACCGGCUACAAUAUCCAAGUCGUCGAGAGCCCGGAAGCAUUGAAGACAGUCCCGAGCGUGGCCAUCGGCACCAUUCCUGCUGACAAGCCGAUCGACCCCGUUAUGCGUGAGACACUCUGCCACAUGUUUGAACGCGCCCAAGAAGCCGACGCCGAUGUCGUCAAGACUGGAGAAAAGGCGCCCCGCGUGCUUCUCGAGAUGGCGUACAAGCCAUCCGUAACAGCAUUGAUGCAGCUAGCUUCCGAUUCUGGUUGGAACACUAUUCCUGGGCUCGAGGUCCUAGUUGGUCAGGGAUGGUACCAGUUCAACCACUGGACUGGGAUUUCUCCCAUCUACGAAGAUGCAAGGGCAGCCGUCCUUGGCUCUCCCAGCUCUACUUAGACGUGGAUAGGAUGGAAACUUUUAUUCUACGCUUCCUUUUUCAACAAAAGCGCUAUUUUAGAUAGUAUUAGGUACAGGGUAUUAGAUACAAUAAAAGGUGCUUCGCGUCCAUGAUGGUAGCAAUCCAAUAUGUGUGAACUUUGUGCUUCAACGACGCCUUCUCCUCUUAAUGAUGUCUCCUCCAAUGUCCCUUUACUUAUUAUACCAUAACAGUGAUUUCGAUAUGUUCAUGCCAUCGCUUAAUUCAGACCGCUUUCCUUCACCCACCGGGGCUUUAGUCUACACCGCUAGCGUAAUUGUUCACAUCGAGGCCAUAACAUGUUAUAUUCUAGAUUCAAUCUUUAUAUAUCAGUCUAAUCUAG